UGCAUGUGCUCAACUCAACAUGGCUGAAGAAAGUAGAAGAGAAGGAGGAGGAGACGGUCAAGACGGCCUGGAUUACGGGGGUCGAAUGGACCCCGGCCUUAUUGAGAGUAAUUGGGAUGAGGUUGUGGAGAAAUUUGAUGACAUGAACUUGAAAGAGGAGCUAUUACGUGGGAUAUAUGCUUAUGGUUUUGAAAAGCCUUCGGCAAUUCAACAGCGUGCCAUAAUCCCAUGCAUAAAGGGUCAUGAUGUCAUUGCUCAGGCUCAGUCUGGUACUGGGAAGACAGCUACAUUUGCUAUAUCAAUACUACAGACCAUUGAUGAAAAGAAGCAAUCCUGUCAGGCACUCAUCUUGGCACCAACACGAGAACUGGCCCAACAGAUUCAAAAGGUUGUUAUAGCUCUUGGUGAUUACCAGGACAUUCUGUGUCAUGCGUGUAUUGGUGGUACUAACGUUAGAAGUGACAUUGCUAAACUAGAGCAGGGACAGCAUGUGGUGGUUGGUACCCCUGGA